AUGCCCUCGAGCCCCUUCUGCUGCACGCGAGGGGGAUCUAUGGGCAAUCCGUACACCAGAACCACCACAUUGGUCGUCAUUAUCGUAUUGUGGCUUCUUCUGAUCGAACCCUUCUCGCUAGCGUUGGGUGAGCCCAAGCGGACGGGUGCAGAGGACUCCCAUGACGACCAGGACUUUUACGCUGUUUUAGGCUUAGAGAAGGAGCGCGACGAGGCGACGGAGUCCGAGAUCAAGACGGCCUGGCGAAAGCUUUCGAAAACAUACCACCCGGACGUGUCUGGAGAGGCCAACAGGAAGGUUUAUCAACGAAUUCAACGGGCCUACGAAAUCCUUGGUGACCGACGCAAGCGCAAGGUGUACGACAUCCUUGGCAUAGAGAGUGUUAAAAAACUUGAGCAGCCGCAACCACAACAGGAACAGCACCCUUUAUUUCAACUAUUUGGCGUCCGCACGGAGUCAGACCGUGGGAAAAACCUGAGCUUAGUUCUGUUAGUACCGCUUCGCGACGCGUACACUGGCGCGGAGCACCGGGUGGUUUUCCGGAAGACGAAGCUCUGCAGGACAUGCCGCGGCACGGGGGCGCGGAGCCCUGAAGACAUCAUUCCCUGCACCGUUUGCCAGGGCUCCGGCAGCGUCAUUCGCCAGGUUCAAUUCGCGCCGGGAUUUGUCCAACAGGUGACGCACGCGUGCCCGCAGUGCGGGGGGGAAGGGAAGCGCAUUGCUGUGAAGUGCGCCGUCUGCGGCGGCCUCCGUGUAGGGGAGAGCGACGUGGCGAUCACUGUCGAUGUCGAGGCGGGGAUCCCUGAGGGUCACGAGCUCACGUAUGAGCUGGAGGCCGACCAGCAGCCCGGACGUGUUCCUGGGGACGUCGUGGUGACCGUUCUGACCGCCGAGCAUGACGUCUUCGAGCGCCACGGGAUGGACCUCCAUGCCCACCUCACCCUGAGCCUGCGCGAGGCGCUGCUGGGGUUCGAGCGUAUUCUCCAGCAUUUGGAUGGCCAUGAGAUUCGCUUGAAGGAGACGGGCGUUGUGGAGCAUGGGCGACGGCGGGUGAUCAAAGGGGAGGGAAUGCCACGACAUCAUGUCCCUUCGGAACGUGGCGAUCUUCACGUGACAUACCUUGUGAGUCUGCCGGAACGCAUCACAGACACCCAGAGGGAGGCACUGGAGCUGUUGGAUUGA